AUGAAAAUAUAAAAUUAGAAAAAUUAGGAAAAUUAGGAAAAUUAGGAAAAUUAGGAAAAUUAGGAAAAUUAGGAAAAUUAGGAAAAUUAGGAAAAUUAGGAAAAUUAGGAAAAUUAGGAAAAUUAGGAAAAUUAGGAAAAUUAGGAAAAUUAGGAAAAUUAGGAAAAUUAGGAAAAUUAGGAAAAUUAGGAAAAUUAGGAAAAUUAGGAAAAUUAGGAAAAUUAGGAAAAUUAGGAAAAUUAGGAAAAUUAGGAAAAUUAGGAAAAUUAGGAAAAUUAGGAAAAUUAGGAAAAUUAGGAAAAUUAGGAAAAUUAGGAAAAUAAGGGAAAUUAGGAAAAUAAGGGAAAUUAGAAAAAUUAAGAAAAUUAGGAAAAUAAGGGAAAUUAGGGAAAUUAGGGAAAUAAAGAAAAUUAAGAAAAUUAGGAAAAUCAGGGAUAUUAGGGAAAUUAGGAAAAUUAGGGAAAUUAGGGAAAUAAAGAAAAUAAGGAAAAUUAAGAAAAUUAGGUAAAUUAGGAAAAUAAGGGAAAUUAGGAAAAUAAGGUAAAUUAGGAAAAUAAGGGAAAUUAUGAAAAUUAAUCCCAAGGAAAUAGUUAUAAAAAUAACACCUUUGACGAAUUAGAUGCUUAAAAAUAUGAAGAUGAUUAGUUUUAGAAUGAUUUAAAACAAAAAAUUAACUUUUCUAAUAAUAAUAAUUAAGAAAACAGUUAGAAAUUUUAAAAUUUUCAAUCCGUGAAUAAUAAUAAUUCUGGUUAGUUUAAUUAAUUUUUAUAAAAUAAUGAUUCUUAACACAGUUAUUAAGAAGAAAAUAAUGAUUAUGAUGAUGAUUAAUAAAAUGAAUAAGAACAUUAUGAUGAUGAAUAAUAAGAAAAUUAUGACGAUGAAUAAUAAGAGCAUGAUAAUGGUGAUGACGAAUAAUAAUAUUAUGAUGAUGAUGAUGAAAACAAUUAAUAAGAAGAUGAAGAAUAAUUAGAAGAAGAAGAUUUAUAAUAAUAAUAGGAUUAUGAUUAUCAUUAAUAAUAAGAAGAUGAUGAUUAUGAUAAUUAAUAAUAAUAAGAUGAAGAAGUUUAUGACAUUUAAGAUGAUUAUAAUAACUAAUAAAAUUAUGAAAAAAUAGAAAAAUUAUAAUAAUAAUAUGAAAAUUAUGAUAGCUAAUGCAAUACUUAAUAAAUUUAAGAAAAGAGUGAAUAAUAUAUAAAUUAGAAAAAAGAUAGUUAUGAAUUAUCUAUUUUAAAAGAGAAAUAUGAGGAAGCUUUUGAAAGAGUAAAAAAUGAAUAUGAAGAUUUAUAAUAGAAUUGA